CUUUCUUUCUCCUCCACCCUCCCCUCAACUCCCCCUUUCCCCACGCCCACAUGGCCCGCCAUGGGAAAUCCAAGGCCCGGCCCAAAAAGCCACCCCCGAGGGUCACCACAAUGUCGCCACACCGGUUUACCAUGCAACAGGAGGCGCGCAACACCGAAACGCACACACGAGACUGGUUGAGCAGUAAUCUCCGUCAUAAGGCUGUGAAGUUCAUCAAGGCUGGGGAAUUGGAACGGAGUGAAUUUGAGACCGUCGACCAAGCAGGUCAAGAAAACAAUGACCUGGCCGGAGACGACCCAAAGAAGGCACCACCCCCGUCGGCCAGCCCACCAGAGCCUUCGCAAGAGGAUCUCGAACGCGGAUUCUUUUUUGACGCCACACCACAGGCUGUGACCGACACGGGGCUCCCAGACCCGAUCCCACGAACCCACCUCAGCGACCUCGAUGACUCGAGCGAGGACGAAGUGGUGUUCACAGGGCGGGGGACUGGUGCGAGGCCGAUCGUGAUCGAGACCAGCCAGGAAGAGCUCAACGUACUACUGCAGGUACCGUCAACAGAGCCGCCCACGACACAGCGUGAAAUGGCCCCAGUAAACGCUCAAACUCAUAUUCACCGAUCGAAGCCGAGCUACGACCGUGCACAGUCACACGCACGGGAUACACGCAAAUGGACACGAGAAGACGAGGACCAGAUGUUGGCGGACUAUAUCGCCAACAUGGAUUCUGACUACCACGAGGACGCCUACUGUCGUAUGCAGGUAGAGCUCGAAGGUGGCAUUGACGUUGCCCAGGCUGCGACAGGCUCAAAGGACGAAGCCGGCGAACCACUGCCACACUUUGAUCGUACCACGCUGGAGUCAGUUAUUAAGGAGGAACAAGUUCAAAGCUCGAUUGAUGACCCAGUGCUAUCUCGGAUGCACCUGGAUACAGAAACAGAUGAAGUCCCCGACUCGAGUGAUGAUGAGGAUGAUGACGACGAGGAGGACGAGAAGGAUGAGGAGGACGAGGGUGACAUGAAUCCGGAUUCGACAGAUGAAUUCGACGUGGAUUCCGAUGAUGAGGAUCUGGAUACAGAAUUGCUGGAAGAUUUGGCGAUCAACUAUCUUGCGGACAAAAAGAAAGGCGGACGUGCUGGGAAAAUCUCCUUUGCAUCGGCUACGGCAUUCGCAGAUGCUCUCGAAGCAGACCCCUACUACGGUCUCGACAUGAUGGAUUUCAAUCGACCAAGCCUGCAGAAGAAGGGCAAGGGCAAGAAACCACCUGCGUUGGACCUAAUGUUCUCCGACAGCGACCUCGAAGCCCACCUUCACGAAGUGUGGCAAACCGAUCGCAAGAAGAAGAAGGCAAAGAAGAAGGAACGAGAAGAGCUUCGGGCCCAGGGGUUAUUGGGCAGGAGCACCGGAGAGGCAGAUCUCAAGGUCAAGUAUUCCAAAGGGAUCAACCUAGAGGAAUUGAUCACGGAGCUUCGAUCCUUCUUAUUGUCAUCAAACACCAGCCUUGCAUUGCCGGCGAUGACGAAGCACCGUCGAAAGACGAUCCACGAGCUAGCGAAUGCGAUGCAUCUCAAAUCGCAAUCCAGAGGCAAUGGUCCCUCGCGGUUCCCCAUGCUCAUCAAGACCUCUCGCACACCCGCAUAUACUCACAAGACUAUCUCCAAAGUGGAUGAUUUGCUGUCUGGCAAAAAGCUUAAUCGCCGACUCUUCCAGUCCUGGGGCUCAGCCGCAUCCACUUACAGCAAGCCAGUCAGAGUCAAGCGGGGUGCCGUUGGAGGUGCGGUCUCCUACAUGGAUGGCGACGUGGUCGGCGGCACUGCCCCAGAGAUCGGAGUUGAAAACCGAGGACGCGCGAUGCUGGAAAAGAUGGGAUGGAGCAGCGGCACCGCGCUCGGAGCUAUCAACAAUAAGGGUAUCCUGCAACCGGUCGCGCACGUGGUGAAGAAUUCACGGACGGGACUGGGAUAAGAGGAAGCUGUCUGGCAUCAAUGUCGAGGAUGGGCCUAUUUUCCAGGUUUUUUUUCUCUUUUUUUUCCCCCCCUCAUUACCCUACUCUCUUAGCCAGCUCUUUCUCUCGCUCUUCCUUUACAUGCCUUUGUUUUUUUUCAAAAAUAACUAGAAAGGGUGCCUUCGGAGAGAAAUAGAGGGCCACCCAAUUCCACAUCACCCAUCUAUAGAGAUACCAAGUCAAAACGAUUUCUUCCAGAUUAUAUUGUCCUCAUCUUUCCAUAUAGUGUGACCCUCGAGUUCAUCGUUUCUUACUCCUGCUACCCGCCUUUAGCAGCUGUGCAUGUUUUGGGUUAUCUUUAAGAUGCGCAAACAACUGUGUCUUCGACGGGAAGCUUGCCUGACAAUUUGUGCACGCAAUGCCCACAGAUUGUUCGGAAUUACGAGCUGCCUUUUUGGCCCGUCUCUGCUUGGCUUUUCCAACCUGAGGAGAAACGUAUGGUUCGUCACCGAGGCCGGCAGACGACAAUUGCUCGGUGAGGGGAGUGAUAGGAUCAUUGCUGGGACUAGGAUCGAAAUCGGAGCGAAGUCUGGUCUCGACAGAUUCUCUAGAGGCAUAGUCUUCAUCAAGAGAAUUGAGUGAGUCUCUUCUCGUUGGUUGAGAGUCCCGGGAAGAUGACUGAUCAUCGUGCUUAUUCGAAAAGGACGAGCCGUCCUCGUCAGUUUGAGCUUCGGCAUCACUUUCGAUCGAUUCCCGAAUAGGCUUAUCCUGUUGUACCGUGGUGGGCGAGUCUGCAAGAUAAUCACCGUUGUCUGCAUCACUGGUACUGCCCGUGGGAACCUCGAGGGAUAUUGGGACUGGUUCGGGGGAAAUGGUAGUAGAAACCGUAGGCUCCAAGUCUAGCUCGUCGUUCUGCAUCCGCAUAUCCCGACACAGUUGUUUGACAGCCUUGAGAUGCUUUUUGCUUCGUUCGUGAGCUUCAAAUUGCUUUUGGCUUUUGAACUGUUUGUUGCAUGCAACACAUUCAAAGCUCUCAAUCUCACUCUCCGAACUCUCUUCAUCCUCCUCGAUCCCAUGUUCAUCAGACCGUGCCCAUUCCGGAAGAACAAAGUCCCCCAUCUUGGCUUGAUUCUGGGCCCUUGACCUGGCUGCCUGAGCCGCCACAGACUGUCGAAGAGUUUCUUGGCGCUGGGCGUCAUUCUGAGCAUUGGCUUUAUACCGGGGAUCCCGUUUCUUGACAAAAGCCACAAGAGAUCUGACUGCAUCGUUGAACUCCCGAAUGGCAUCUUCUCGCAGGCGCCGGUUCUCCUUUUCCAUCAUCCGGCGAACUCGACGAUCGGGAGCCUCAGAGUACCGAUAGGCAUCCUUCCAAGCGAAGGACUUGCAGGUAGAGAACCCGCUCCAUGCUGCGUAAAAGGGACGCACCACCGUCUCAAAGUCGUCGUCGCGCGAUCCAAAGGCUGGAUAAUCCACCAUAUCCUGAUCUUCCCACUGGCAGGCCAGUCGCUCUUCCAGCGCCAAUUGGGCAAACUGCUCCUGCAGCCCUCCAAAGAAUCCAGCGGGCGAGUCGGAGAACUCCAUUCGAGGGCUGAAUCUGGAAAAGACCUUAAGAACAUCCUCCGCCGUGGUCACGCGAAUAUUGUAGGAAUGUUGAUCUUCGGAAGCGCCAUUCGUGCCUAGGAACACGUCACUAUGGGAAUCGUACCAUGCACGCUCCUGGGGGUCUGCAAGGACCUCAUAUGCAGACUGGAUCUCGGCGAACAGCCUGGUGGCCUCCUCGACAUUUCCAUAGUUGCGGUCAGGGUGCAACUCCAAUGCUUUUCUUCGGUAUGCCUUCUUGAUC